AUGGCUUCUUUCGCAGACAACAUGGAUUACAGGGACUCUGAUCGCAGCCUCUCAAGUGGGAGAGCUUCAGGUAGGUGAUCUGAUCUGUCUUCAUGAUUCAUACGUGCAUACCAAGGGAGAGAGAGCCGGCGAAUAUUACCCCUGUAAAUGGAUGGAAGUGUGAAGACCAUCGAGAUAGAAUUGGGAGGAACAUCACGACAUCAUCUUCCACGCGCUCGUAAGGAGAUUUAUGCAGAGUAAAGAUCUUCGAAAGAAAUCCGAUUCCUAUUCAUCGUCCUCCGCAUCGUUGACACCAUUCGCGAUAUGCAAUUCUCUUUCAGAUCAAUUGUCACUGCCUGGAUCAAACGCAUGCCGUCGAGUAAUUGUUUAUUUCUCUGUUACUUGCUAACUUCCUGAUCUCUCGAUGCAGAGACGGGGAGCCGCUAUGUGAUCGAGUCGGGCCUGUACAUGUCAUCUCUGGCGGCGACCGUCCUCAUAUCCGGGCUCGUGAUUGUCGGGAUUUCAUUGCUCACGAUCCUGGUUUCGCUAUUUGUCAUGCUGCAAUCAUGUCAGAACAAGAAUUCCGGUGUUCUUCACCAAAGGGGAGUGAACUGUGCGCGUGAUUACCGCGAGGGUUUAGCGUUCCCUGAGGCGCUUGGAAAUUGGGACGCAGAGGAAUCUUCCGCCCGCUGCGAGGGCUACAUCAAUGGCCACAUCGAGGAACGCCGCGACCAGAGGGAGCUCAAUGCCUCGCUUAAGAGGGUUGAGGAUUUCUUCAGCACCGCGACGCCAGGCAGCAGCGUUGACGUGGUGCUGAUGGACAUUGACGAUCUGUUUCCGGCCGCCACUUCCGGCAGGAGCGAGCUUCCUCACCGCAGGUGAUUGCAGAAUUAGUUUCCGAUUGUAAAAGAUAAUUAAUUCUAGCAUUUGUUAUCCCCCGGCAAGGCAUAUCAUCCCUGGAUCCGCCGGCGCCUGUGCUGCUUGCUGUUCUCACGUACCGAUUCUUGGAUCAGGGACGAGUCCGGGGAUGGGCAGGCGCUGGCUCGAGACCUGGUCCGCAGACUGUACGCGAGACUCCAAGCCGGCGGCUGGUCUUUGAUUCUCUUCUCGCGGAAGACGGAGAGGCAGAGGAGCGGAACGGCAGACGACCUCGUCGCCGCGGGAUACGGAGGCUGGUCUUCGCUGAUCAUGAGGUUGGUGGCAGUAGCUCCUGAAAACCGACCUGUCUGUGCAAGUUUCACCGCAGCAUGCCUCUGAACGCGCCAAAGACGAAUCAAAUCGAAUUCCCCCGGGCUGAGAAAGCCAUUGUCAUGCUUUUCUUGCAGAUCCGACGGCGAGCUGUCGAUGGAGAGCUGGGAGUACAUCUCCAGACGAAGGGCGUUGCUGCGGGAGCAGGGGUUCGCGAUCGCCAGCGUAAUCAGCGGCAGGAUGGACGCCCUAAUCGGGCCUUGCCCAGGGAGACGGGACUUUAGGCUUCGCUCCUUGUUCCCCGGGACGUGA